UCCUCAUGCGACGUGUGUAUCUUUAGUAUGCUAGCUCUCCAGCCCUGGGUGGGAUUUUUACUAUGCCGAUGGGGCUAGGGUCACCUUCAGUGGACUCCUGGGUGCUAGGGCGCAUGCCCAAGCCCAGGGACGUCCAGGGGCUGUGGAACGUGGAUCUUGGCGGCCUCUGAUUCUCCUAGCCUGCCGAUUGGUUAGGCCAAUCUUGUUAGGGCCUUAUCUUGUGGUUCCUGUCUCAUUAUAACCUAGAGGGCAGACGAGGACCAGGGAGACUUUGCCGAUGUCCCGGGCUGUGGGACACUCGGGGAGACGUCUCCCUGGCUCUCUGGGGCCUUCCAAGCUCCUUCCGGGGAGAGAAAGUAGAGGACAGGGCUGGCCUCGGGGAAGGGGCCCGGAUAUCUGGACGCUGGUCAUUUUCAGGUUAUGGUUUCUGUUGAUGGCUAACUGGUGGCGAGGGAACUUGGCACAAAUGCACAAAUGUCAUCUGCUUAGCUGCAGAGCUCAGAGGAGGAGCUACAGCUCGGAGGGCUGGGAAAGUCGCUCUGAACGUCAGGGUGGCACGGGGAGUAGGGAGGGGUGUGGGCCGAGGAUUUGGGCCCAGAGCACGUGCAGACUUUGACGUGCUGACCUUGUGUCCACUCUGCCUUGGGUAAAUAGGUCACGUGGCAUCUGCCCUGCAUUUUGUGAACUCUGCUGUGCUGGCCAGCAGCCCAGGGCUGCCCGGUUCAGCCUUGCCCCUGUCAGCAGGGGCCCUGAGCCCAGCUCCGUCUGCCUGCAUCCUCAGCUACCUGCCAGAGUGCCGCCUGCCGGGGAGGCCGUGCUGCAGCAGCCAGCUGGUCACAACUGGCGUGGCUGGCUCACACUGUGGUGUGGGCAGCAGGCUCCCCUUCCUCAUAGAGGAACAGAUGCUCCAUGUCUGGCUGUCCAUGAGGGGAGCAGCGAAUGCACCUGUGACCCGUGUGCCUGGCCUGGGGACUGCCUGUGUCUUUCCCUGGAAGCUCCCUUAAAGGACCACAGGAGUCUCCCGGACGGUCUGAGUGUGGGCGCCCAAGGGCACUGCACACGGGUGGGCCCCCCGUGCGCUGCAUCCACCCCAGGCCAGCUGUGCCCCCUCGCUCAGGGCCGCCUGGGAAAGCGCCCAGAGAGGGGGGCUGUGACUGGCAGGCCCCCAGGCAGGAAAGCUAGCCACACCUGUUCCGGGCACCUGAGGGUGUGGCCCCAAGGACAGGAGGCUGUUUGGGGGGUGGCUGCACUCCCCGAGGCUGACAUGAGCUAGGUAACUGGGCGUGUGGCUGGCUUCUUGAACCUUGGGGCCCCAUCAGCAUAAGGGGCCAGUGGUAGCACCCCCAAACUGAGGAGAGGGUGAGUGAGCCAGGAGGGGCAGGUCUGCGCUACCAAUGAGGGACUUUGAGCUCCCGCACUGGCUGUGGGGCUGCCUGGCAGGCCACAAAGCACUGAAGCCUGGCACCCUCCCCUGGGCUCCUUCCCUUCCCUUCUCUCCCCUCCUCCCCGCCCCACCCCUGCCUACCUCAGACGCCAAAGCCCACACCCAUGCUGUUGGCAGCCUUCUCAUUGGGCCUGGCACUGCUGCCUCUGCUCUUCUUCCUGCGACGCUGGGGCUGGCUCCUCAUCGGCUGGAAUGAGUUCAUCCUACAGCCCAUCCACAACCUGCUCAUGGGUGACAGCAAGGAGCAGCGCAUUCUGCGCCAUGUGCUGCAGCACGCGGUGGCCGGGGACCCGCAGAGCGUGCUGGAGACCAUUGACGCCUACUGCUCACAGAAGGAAUGGGCCAUGAUCGUGGGCAACAAGAAAGGCCAGUUCCUGGAUGCAGUGGUGCAGGAGCAGCAGCCGUCUGUGCUGCUGGAGCUGGGGGCCUACUGCGGCUACUCGGCCGUGCGCAUGGCCCGCCUGCUGCCGCCCGGCGCCCGUCUGCUCACCAUCGAGAUCAACCCUGACUACGCCGCCAUCACCCAGCAGAUGCUGGACUUCGCCGGCCUGCAGGACAGGGUAACCGUUGUCCUCGGGGCCUCCCAGGACAUCAUCCCCCAGCUGAAGAAGAAAUAUGACGUGGACACGCUGGACGUGGUCUUCCUCGACCACUGGAAGGACCGGUACCUGCCGGACACGCUCCUCCUGGAGAAGCCAGUCUCUGGCCCGACCCACACCCAGGGAGAGCAUCCAGACUCCACCUCGUGAAGGAAGGAGGGUCGGGGAACUGUAGAGACAUUUGAAACGCCCUUUUGUUCCGCGGUGGUUUGCUCAGACGCCCUGCUCUUUGGGUCAGAAUUCUCCAGCGUUCUGUGUCCUCCGUCAGGAGGCCCGUGGUGUCCCCAGGGAUCCCCAGGUGGGAUGGGUGCCGCCUCCUUCCCCCUUAGGUCCAGCUUCCUUGAGGAUGCGCCCCGGCACCCUCCAAAGGCCACCACAGCUUCUUCCUCCGCUUGGUUCGUUCAUGGUGAACUCGUGGGGUUUGAGUUUCUGAUGCCUCUCACUCCUCGGACCGUCCAGUCUGUGGCCAGCGGUGCCUCCUGCGUCCCUCAGCACGACCCCAGCAGGCUGGAGCCCCGCCCCCGGCUCCCCCUGGGCAUUUCCUGCCCCAGCCUGAGCUGCCCUCUGGGGGCUGGGCCCGGGCUGCUCUCUCUUGGUCUGCUGGCCACCAUUAUUAGGAAGUUCCUUCCUUUUCUGUUCUGAAGAGAAGCCGCUCCAGGAGUCACAGUGGUCCUUCCAACUCUGGCUCAUGGGCUGUCCCACCACGCAGUCCUCACAGCUGCGUGUGCGCCUCAGGGCCGGCCAGAGGGCCCUCGGCCUCCCCUGUGGCCUGCAGGCUGGGAGUGACAGCCACCAGGAGAGCCCAGACACCCAAGACUGUCCUGGGGCGCCCCCUGGAGGGGUGCAGAGCAGAGCCCCACGGGUUUAGGUCAUUGGGAUGUCUGUAGGCUGAGUCACACCUGAGGCCACAUGUGGGAUUUUGCUCUCAAUGUCUAGGAUUACUUAGUCUCUUAACUUUUAAUUUAUGAUUUUGUAAAAAAAGGCUCCGUUCCCCCAAAGUCGAAUAUAGGGGACAGGACAACAGGGGCGUCCCUUGCCUGGUCUUCCCCCCACAGGCAAACCGCUCCUCUCAAGGUUUCUCUGUUCAUUGUUUCCUGUGAUCUAGGCAGUGCCUCCCCACGCCACUCAGAGGGACUGCCCACCCAGGCGGUCUUGGCCUGAGGCUGUGUCUAGCCACUCCUCCUUCCUUCUGAGAGCUUAGGCCCUGGAAUGCCAGCUAGCUGCCCCGGGCCCGGCCACGGUGGUGAGGGGCACCUCAAAUGCUGGGGCGUGGGGUUGUCCACAGCGGACCCCCAAGGGGCAGGCUUGUGGGUCCCGAGUUUUGCCCCUCUGCCGUCCCCUGGCC